GUGGCAUUGACAGUAGCUGCCUUCACAAGGCAGAGAAUAAUGUUGUAUGUACCUGGACUCCAGAGGCCCCCAUGGGACAAUGAACUUCAGGAAUUCCUUCUGACCUUAAAGUACCGAUAGCACCCCUGCUAUCAUUGCCUGACCUUUCUAAAAUGCACUGAACUUCUGGAAGAAAUGUGGCAAGCCGGGUGGUGGUGGUGCACGCCUUUAAUCCCAGCACUUGGGAGGCAGAGGCAGGCGGAUCUCUGUGAGUUCAAGGCCAGCCUGGUCUACAAGAGCUAGUUCCAGGACAGGCUCUAAAGCUACAGAAAAACCCUGUCUCAAAAAACCAAAAAAAGAAAAAGAAAAAAAAGAAAUGGGGCAAUACCAACCCCACAAAGUGACACAAUACAAGGAUUCUCCAUAUGCCCAAGGAAAGCAGCGUUAAUGACAGCAAGCAGGAGUGUGAGGGAGGAGAAGCAGCUUGAGGCAUCAUUAGAUGCACUGCUGAAUCAAGUGGCUGAUCUGAAGAAUUCACUGGGGAGUUUCAUUUACAAGUUGGAAAACGAGUAUGACCGGCUCACCUGGCCCUCUGUCCUGGAUAGCUUUGCACUGCUCUCUGGACAGCUGAACACUUUGAACAAGGUCUUAAAGCAUGAGAAGACACCCCUGUUUCGUAACCAGGUCAUCAUCCCUCUGGUGCUGUCCCCAGAUCGAGAUGAAGACCUCAUGCGUCAGACUGAAGGACGAGUGCCUGUUUUCAGCCAUGAGGUCGUCCCUGACCAUUUGAGAACCAAGCCUGACCCUGAAGUUGAAGAGCAGGAGAAGCAGCUGACAACAGAUGCUGCCAGAAUUGGUGCUGAUGCAGCGCAGAAGCAGAUCCAGAGCUUGAAUAAAAUGUGCUCAAACCUUUUAGAGAAAAUCAGCAAAGAAGAACGAGAAUCAGAGAGUGGAGGUCUCCGGCCAAACAAGCAGACUUUCAACCCUGCAGACACCAAUGCCUUAGUGGCAGCUGUUGCCUUUGGGAAGGGGCUAUCUAAUUGGAGACCUUCAGGUAGCAGUGGUCCUGGCCAACCCGGCCAGCCAGGAGCUGGUCCAAUCCUUGCAGGAGCCUCAGGAUUACAGCAAGUUCAAAUGGCAGGUGCUCCAAACCAGCAGCAGACAAUGCUCAGUGGAGUCCAGAUGGCUCAAGCAGGUCAACCAGGGAAAAUGCCAAGUGGGAUAAAAACCAACAUCAAGUCGGCUUCAAUGCAUCCCUACCAGCGGUGAGUGUGGACAGCAGCCUCCACUCUCAGGUGAUCCGUGCCAAGCUGGGCAAUGAAAUUAUCUUUUACUCAAGGCUGACGUAGAUGGGUACAAUGAAAAGAACACAGGCUUUCAGCAACAGACAGAUCUCAGCUCCUCUGUGAAGAGCUGUGCGACCUUGGGAAAGUGACCUCAUUUCUCUGAGCCCAGGUUCUCAUUUGUAAAUGGUCAUAAUACCUACCUCAUAGGGUUGUUGUGAGGAUUAAAAUGAGAAAAUGAAUGUAAAACACUUAGCAUGGUAUAUGAAAUACUGGGUCUUGAAUAAAUGAUAGUUAUUUUUUACUUUUC